AUGGGAGAUAGUGCAAACAAUACCAAUAAGGACUCUUCAUCGGAACACAUAAAUUUGAAGGUACAGGGUCAGGAGGGCUCUAUUGUACAUUUCAAGAUAAAGAAGAGCACUCCUUUACGCAAGCUGAUGAAUGCCUACUGUGAGCGCAUGGUUAUUUACUCAUUCGUCAGGGUUAUCAACCCAUGUCUGUCCCUUGAAAUGGAAGAAAAUGACACUAUCGAAGUAUUCCAAGCUCAAACCGGAGGCUGCUGA